AUAGAUGAAGGAGGCUUUGGCUUCGAUUAUCGAUUAGGAAUGGCAAUUCCAGAUAAAUGGAUUAAACUUCUUAAAGAAGUAAAAGAUGAAAAUUGGAAUAUGGGUGAUAUAGUUUGGACAUUAACUAAUCGUAGAUAUAUGGAAAAAACAGUAGCUUACGUUGAGUCUCAUGAUCAAGCUCUUGUUGGCGAUAAAACCAUAGCAUUUUGGUUAAUGGAUAAAAAGAUGUACACACAUAUGAGUGUUUUGAGCCCUCCAAAUUAUGUGAUAAAUCGAGGAAUUGCAUUACACAAUAUGAUAACUCUUAUAACACAUUCAUUAGGUGGAGAAGCGUAUUUAAAUUUUAUUGGCAAUGAAUUUGGACAUCCUGAAUGGUUAGAUUUUCCUCGCAAGGGUAAUAAUAAUAGUUAUCAUUACGCUAGGCGUCAAUGGCAUUUAGUAGAUGAUGAGAAUUUAAAAUAUAAAUUUAUGAACAAAUGGAAUUCAGCAAUUAAUGCUUUAGAAGAAAUUUAUGGAUGGCUUCAUUCUAGUCCUGGAUAUGUAUCCUGGAAACACGAAGAUGAUAAAAUAAUUGUGUUUGAACGCGCUGGUUUAGUUUUUAUUUUUAAUUUUCAUCCAGACAAAUCUUUUCCUGAUUAUCCAGUUGGAGUAAAUCGAGCUGGGACCUAUAAAGUAAUCUUAAAUAGUGAUGAUCUCCAAUUUGGUGGAGAAAAUCGCGUAGAUUCAAAAGUUUUGCAUUUUACGAUACCUGAGACAUUUGCUAAUAGAUCAUGUAAAAUGUUUGUGUAUAUACCAUGUCGUUGUGCAAUUGUUUAUAAACUCUUGGAUGAUUAAAUUUGAAGGAGAAUUACAGAAUUACAAAAUCUACUUGGUUUUGUAAGAUAUUUGAGAAUAAUUAAAAUAUUUUUUAAAGAUUUUAUUACAAUGAA